AUGGCGUCCAUCACCAAAACCGCCAGUCUCCUCGUGCUCACACUGUUCGUCAUCUCCGCGGUGAUCUUGCCCACCUCCGUAUUGGCAGCGGCGCUUUGCAGCCUGACCAUCCUGCGUGCAUCGGGGCGUGCCCAGUUCAUGGGCGUCCCUACCUUCCCAUUCCCGGGCACGGUCGCGGGCCUGGUGCCUCCUACCCUGAGACACCGCUUCCCCCAUUGA